AUGACGAGCGCAACCCAAAUUCGUAUCCGACCCGAGACGAAAAGCGACGAGCAAGAAAUCGAGGAUGUCACAUUAGUCGCAUUCUUGAAUGCUGAACACACCGACCACAACGAGCAAUUCAUCGUCCGCAGUCUCCGCCAGGCGAACCAUCUAUCAAUCUCGCUGGUCGCAGAAGACGAAGCCACACGUACUAUUGUGGGUCAUGCCGCUGUCUCACCUGUGAAUAUCUCGGAUGGCAGUGAGAAUUGGUACGGGCUAGGGCCCAUCUCUGUUUUACCUCAGUAUCAAGGAACUGGCGUGGGGUCAAGGUUAAUGAAACAAGCAAUGGCAGAACUCCAGAGUAGCCAUGCAGCCGGGUGUGUUGUAUUGGGAAACCCGAACUAUUACGAGCGUUUUGGUUUUAGGGCAGAUCCUUCUCUGCAACUACCAGGAGUGCCACCGGAAUAUUUCAUGACUCUCACUUGGCGUAAGCCAACACCUACUGGGACUGUAUCAUAUCAUAAAGCCUUUGAGGCGUCGGCAUAG